AGCCGAUGUGUGAUAUUUGGAGGUCUUUAUUGAUGAAAUCCACAGCACGGCGCUAUUGGAUGCUCUUAAGACACAGCAUAUUCGCUGAGCUCGAUUUAUGACAAACAAAAUGUCAGUAAAUGUAAUCUUUCGACCUUUAUUUCUAAUAUCUUCCGUUGCAUUUUACGUUAGAACGUGAGACACUGCGCUGGCAUUCACUGUUUCUGCGCUCUGCAAUGGAGCCGCAACCAAGCGCGCUUUGGAGCAGGCGGCACCUCUGCCUUGUUGUCCUCUCGGCUAUGUGGACUGUCGCCUUAUCUAUAACAAGAUACUCCAUCCCUGAAGAAAUUCCUGUGGGCUCCGUGGUUGCAAACAUUGCCAACGAUUUGGGCCUUGACGCGCACAGCCUCGCGGAGCGCAAGGUAAAGCUGGACUAUAUUCAUAGUAAAAAAUACCUAGAAAUAAAUAAAACCACCGGGGAGCUGUUCAUUGCUGAAAAAAUAGACAGGGAGAAUUUGUGCCCGGCCAAGACAUCCUCAUUUUGUUUUCUAAAGAUGGAUGUGAUUAUUGAAAGUCCGAUCCGCAUCUUUAAUAUCGAAUUGGAAAUUAUGGACAUAAAUGACAAUGCGCCUCAAUUUAGGAGGGAGAGGAUACCGCUCGACAUUUCGGAAUCGGCCACCCCCGGGGAGAGGUUUUCUUUAACCAAUGCAGUGGACGCCGAUGUCGGGGAGAACUCCAUAGAGACCUAUUAUCUAACUGAGAGUGACAAGUUUACCAUUGAAAUUCAGUCUGGAAGUGAUGGAACAAAAUACGUUGACCUGGUACUAAAAGCGAGUUUGGAUAGAGAAAAGCAAGCUGUGCAUACGUUAACGCUUACUGCUGUGGAUGGUGGCACACCUGCGCGUUCAGGUACAGCAAGUAUUAUCAUUCAAGUGUUGGAUAGCAACGAUAACGCGCCACAGUUUGAUCUCCAAGUGUACUCGGUCGAUCUAAUUGAAAACGCACCGGUUGGGACACUUAUAAUGCAGCUGAAUGCAACAGAUUUGGACCAGGGUACGAACGCAGAGAUCACAUAUUCUUUUACUUUAUAUACAUCUGAGAAAACACAGGAGAAGUUCUCUUUGGAUCCCAGCAGUGGAGAAAUAAGAGUAAAGGAUGUGAUUGAUUUUGAAGAAGUUAAAAGCUUUGAAAUGUAUGUUGAAGCCAAAGACAAGGCUUUAACUCCCCUGUCUGCUCAAUGUAAAAUUUUAGUAUUCAUCACUGAUCUAAAUGACAACUAUCCUGAAAUUACGAUAAAAUCUUUUCAAGGUGCAAUUAAAGAAAGUGACCCUAUAGGAACAGUAAUAGCUGUCAUCAGUAUGAGUGAUAGAGACUCUGGAGACAAUGGCAAACUUCUUCUCUCCAUCAAUAAUGCUGAGGUGUUACCUUUUGCACUGAACAAGUCAUCCGAGGACUUUUUUGCCCUUAUGGUUACAGAAACACUGGACCGUGAGAAAAUCUCUAAAUAUGACAUCAUACUCCACGUGACUGACAGAGGAACUCCACCCUUGACUGAUAAUGAAAUAAUCAGUAUUGAAAUUCUGGAUGUUAAUGAUAAUGCACCCGUGUUUUCCCAAACCCUCUACACUAUCCAUUUAAUGGAAAACAAUGAACCUGGGGAUUUGUUAGCCUCUCUCAGUGCUCACGAUCCAGACCUACACGAAAACCAGUAUCUUGUUUAUGUCAUCAUUGAAAAGGAGAUUGCCAACACAUCAAUGUCCAUGCUGUUUUCCAUCAACCCCGAGAAUGGCAACCUUUACGCUUUACGCACGUUCGACUACGAAAGGGAGAAGGAGUUUUUAUUUCAUAUCGAAGCAAGAGACUCAGGGGUCCCUCCACUUAGCAGCAACGUGACUGUACACAUCAUCAUCCUGGACCAAAAUGACAACACCCCGCUCAUAGUUUCACCGUGGCGUCCACAGGGUGCUGUGAUUGAGGAAAUAAUCCCAAGGUCAUCCGAUAAAGGAUCCCUGGUCACCAAAGUGAUCGCAUUGGACGCUGACUCGAUGCAGAACUCUCGUAUAACAUAUCAGUUUUUGCAGAUCACCGACACUACGCUGUUCAGCCUCGAUCAGUACAAUGGUGAGAUUCGAACCACACGCAUGUUCAGCUACAGGGACCCCAGACAUCAACGACUGGUUGUCAUAGCCAGAGACAACGGAGAACCUCCUCACUCAGCCACGGUGACCAUCAAGGUCUCCACGGUGGAGCAAGUAGUGACACAUUUUACAGAAACCACAGAGGUGCCGAUCGAAUAUGACCUGUUCACAGAUUUAAACUUGUAUCUGUUGAUCGGUCUGGGCUCGGUGUUGUUUUUGUUACUCAUCACUGUUCUGGUCAUCAUCGUGCUAAAAUGUCAAGAACCCAAACAUUCGAAAGCGACUUCUCAGGGAAGGAACAGCAUCGUUAGCCAGAGGAACUCAACCAUUGCUGACUCUACUCUUAUUUCCAGUGAUGCCUAUUGGUACAGUCUGUUUCUGGCAGAGACUAGAAAAGGAAACGUGGUCGUACGACAGCCCCUCCCUAAUGGGGCGGGGUUUAUCGUGUCAAGUAUCCCAGGAAGUGCUGCUCUUACCGAGACCAGUGCAUCAAGAUCUUCCACAUUACAGGAAUCAAGCAGUGAUUUACCAUGAUCUGGACAGCUGGAUCUUCUGCCAGGCUCACUAUCUGCAAGAAAAGAUUAAUAAAAUUAAGUUUUACUGUUAUUUCAAGACAAGACAGUGUCAAACAUUAAUAUCUUAUUGAGCAUGAGUUUGCAUGGCUAUAGGGCAAAAACGGAUGGACCUUCUUAAUUUUUAAGAUUUCUAAACUGACUCAAGGACAACGUGAUACUUCCUGACUACAUGAGGAACAGAACUGAUUCACAGUGAAAAGCAUCAUGUUUAUUCAUUUUGGACUACUACAUAUUGAUGGUUCCAGCAAGACAUGAAAUGCAAAAACAGUUUAAAAAAAGCUAAGAAUGUAUUAAAUGUUCUGGAAAUAUUUGUAUUUUUCGUGUACUGUCAGAAAAAUGGUCAAAAGUGGUCCCUAACAGUCACUUAGGUUCAGAUGGUAUACAUUUGGUACCAAUAUGUACCUUUGAGGUACUAUUAUGAACUCUUUAGGUGUACAUUUUGAAAGGGUACCGUCCUAUUGACAGCUGGGGACCAUUUCUAUGACAAUGUGGUGACAAGAAAGCUGUGAUCUGAUGAGCACAAUCUAAUCAGUCAGGCAUUGCCUAUACCUCAAAAACUUGGUUUGACAGGUGUGUGGUGCACAUACAGUGUAUAGAUGACUAUUUUUUACUGCUGUCAACCAAAUGAACUCUGCCAAGAUGAUUUUGAAGUAUCCUAGACAAAUACUAGAAACCGUAGUAUUUACAUCAGGAUGGCAACUGCCGUGAUUUCCCACAUCAUUUCACCGAAAAGCAGGAAGACAACAGUGUAAAAACAAUCUGUUUAUGUGUUGGGGGCUCAUCACAUUACCUACAGUAUCUACCUUCUUUUGAGAUAUGUGUAGCCAGUUCUACAAUAUUAUCUUGCCACAAACAGGAAUUAACAAUAAUAUUAUUAGUAUUAAAAAUAAUAAUAAUAAUAAUGAAACCAUUUUUCUUUUUUCUACAAGAAGUCUACUAUAACCUUGCUAUUCAAUGUAAUUUUUGGCUUUGUUUACUGGAGUGUUUUUUAUUGUUUUGUAUUACAAAACGAAUCUUUAAUGCUGCUUUUAUGAGUGAAAUGUUUUAAGCGUUCUAAGCAUUUUAAGCUUGUAUUAUUGCUAGUAUAGGUAGUUUCAUUAUAUUAUUAAGAAGAUGCAGAUUUUCCAGAUAGCAGACGACUCCGGGCCGGAUCCACACCGGAGCUGCCGACUUUGAUGCAGAUCUGGCCCGAAGUCGUCUUCUGUCUGGGAUACAAUAACAGAAAUGAAAAUUGUGAUAUCAAAGCUAUGAAAACUUCCCAGAGAAAAGAGGUGUACAAGAGAAAACAGUAGGAAUAUAGAUCACCUGAGACAUGUGAAUUGUAUUUAAAUGGAAAUAGUGCUUGCUGGUGACCACAAAAAAGAAACCAGACACUACCAGCACACAUUUUUUAUUCUGUUCCUCGGAUUACAUUUCUAAAAUAUGGCAACCCACAUUUGAGUACCUGGCAGCAGCGUGUAGCAUUAAAGAUAAAUGACACAAGUAAAAAAAAUGCUGCAUGCUGUUUGCUUUAGGGUGGGGAAAUAAAACGUGCCUGGAACUAUGAGUGACCUUAAGGUAAAAAUAGUUUUCUCAGCCAUCUGAAAUAAAGGUUAUUAUAGAAAGCCACAAACAAUAUUCGUUUCUUAUGGAACAAACAGCUGGUGAAUAGAUAGAUAGUUCGUUUUUUUACAUGAUAAUGUUUACAGUUUCACCGACAUCUGCUGUUUUCCAUUUCAGUAUUUGUAUUUACUUUUUGUUGCCUUAUUUGCGAAACGUCCUUAUGCAACAAGUAACCAAUGCCUUUGUGUCCUUUUUGGACUCUAUGAUUUGUCCUUUGCUUGUAAAUACAGCAAUGUGAAUAAAAGCUUUU